AUGUCGACAAAGCCACUUGCUAUUAUUACCGGUGCAGCAUCAGGAAUUGGACGUGCUGUAGCUCAACGAUUAGCGAAAACACAUACAUUGUUAUUAGUCGAUCGAGCUGAAUUCGAAAAAGGUCUAGAAGCCGAAACAUUUCAAAUCGACGUUUCGCAAGCAGAUCAAUGGAAGACGAUCACAGAAGCAAUCAAAGAUCGACCGAUCGAUUUUAUUAUGUUAAAUGCAGGUAUUGGAAGCAAACCAUCGUGGACUGAUCCAACUGGAUGGCGUACGAUGAUCGAUACGAAUUUAUUCGGUAUCGUCAAUGGCAUUGCAACUAUUCUUCCAUUGAUUGAAAAUAAAAAGGCAACAAUUGUUAUCACUGGAUCAAAGCAAGGUAUUACUAAUCCGCCUGGAAACCCAGCAUACAAUGCAUCAAAAGCGGCCGUGAAAUCUGUUGCUGAAAGUCUUUCUUAUGAUCUUCGUAAGACAAAUAUAGAAGUGUAUCUUCUCAUUCCUGGAUAUACUUAUACUGGUAUGACUUCCGGCACGUCGACAAGUAAACCGGAUGCAGCAUGGACUCCCGAACAAGUUGCAUCGUACAUGUUUGAUAAAAUCAAACAAAAGCAAUUCUAUAUCCUGUGUCCUGAUAAUGAUGUUACAAAUGAAUUAGAUUACAAGCGUAUGACUUGGAAUUUACGUGAUAUUACCGAAAGUCGUCCAGCUCUUUCCCGGUGGCGUGAAGAAACUGCUGAUGAAUUCGCACAAUUCAUUAAACAAUAA